CGAAGCCUUGCGUGCGUGACGAGCCCAUUCGUACACGUGUCUCCGCUCGCAACACGUGCAACGUGUGUUGCUGCUUCGUUGCCGUAUUUAUUUUGCUCGUGGUGUCUGUUAUUUAUUACGAGACAUCAGACCAUCGAGUGUUUUACUAAUGCAAGAGGCUGAGGACGGCAAAGUGCAGCUUGCGGUCGGUGAUCGCUUCGGCACUUUUGAAGACCUCGAAGCGUGUAUCUCCCGCUUCAGUGCAGAAAACUGCGUGCAGUUAUGGAAACGGGACGCAAGGACCAUUGCGGCGGCGAAAAACCGCGUGGGGAAACUGGCCAGCAAGAUGUCGGAGUCACUGAAGUAUUACCAGCUUCGAUACUGCUGUAUCCAUGGCGGCGCGAAGUUUAUCAGCACCAACAAAGGCGCGCGGAAAUCAUCGACAUUCAAACGGGACUGCAGCUUCAAUAUCUACAUUGCUGCGGAGAAGGAAGGAAAGUUCCUGGAAGUGAGGUCACUCGACUUGACACACAAUCAUCCCGUUGACCAGGAACUUUUUCGGCAUUUACCUCAACAGAGAAGGUUGGCACCAGAGCUUCAAAACAAGGCUCGUGAGCUGAUGAAAAUGAAGGCCAACAAGAUGAUGGUGAGAGAACAAAUGGAGAAGGAGAGUGGUAGUGCUGUUCUUCUCAAGGACUUGUCAAAUAUUGCAGCCAAACAUAGACUGUUGCAACCAAGGAAUGAUUUGCCCGAAGUUGUACGCAUGCUUCAAGAGAAGCACAACGCAACAGUACGUUUGCUUACAGAUGAAAACCGUGAGCUCCAGGCUGUCUACUUUCAAGAUGAUGUGAUGAAGAAAUCAUUUCAAUGUUGGCCUGAAGUCAUCUUUAUCGACGCUACGUACAAGUUGUUAGAGACAAGAAUGUCUUGCUUUCUUGUCAUCAUUGAGAAUGGUAAUGGAGAGAGUGAAAUUGUCGCUGUUGGGUUGUUUUCGACUGAAGAUGCCGACACGCUUCGCUGGUUUUUCGAAGAGUUCAAAGAUUUGAAUCCCAGUUGGAACUCAGUGAGGGUGACCAUGGCGGACAAAGAUGUGAAGGAACGACCGGUAAUAAAAGAACUAUUUCCAUCCUCAGCACUCCAUAUAUGUGCUUUCCAUGUCCUGCAAGCAUUCCGCAGAGAAGUAAGUGUGCAAAAAUUGGGAAUCACAAAAGCUGAACAAGACACUGCUCUGGACUUAUUGCAGCAAAUGGUCUAUGCAAAAAAUGAAGACCAAUAUGAUGAGCUUUUUGCCUUGCUGCAGCAAACAGCAGCAAAGAAAGGUAGUGGAAUAUUUCACUACCAACUGGCAUGCCAUUCAUACAGAAUGGACAAUGGGAUCAAAGUGGUCGUGCGGCAACUUUUUCAACUCCACGAACAACCGAGCAGAGUGCUUAAACUCUAAGCUAAAGCAGAUUGUAGAGCGCUUUAGUUCUCUGGAAUUGUUUGUUGAGCGAUUCUUCGCCUUGAUCAACACUCAGCGAAAUGAGAAAGCUCACAAAGCAGCUGUUAUGCUGCAAAAGAAGAUAGUAAUACCAAAUGGCGAUGAAGCAGCCAAAUUGUACGCCACCCUGCUGACUCCCUAUGCAUUUCGUCAUUUAAAUGAAGAGCUACAAGCUUCCAUGACUGCGACAGAAAAAAUCAAUUCUGCUAUUACUGAUGGCAAGAUUUGUACAACUGAAGAUUGUUCGUGUGCCUUCAGGAAAUCAAUGCUGUUGCCCUGUCGACACAUUUUCGUUGUACGAACGGCAUCCAACAUGCCCAAGUACGAUAAAGGACUAUGUGCUGAGCGCUGGUUUUUAGAUACUUAUGUAGCCAAUAUCCAACUAAGAAAGAGUGAUAUGUGCAGUGACGUAGAGCAUGUGCAAGUAAGCACUCACAGCAAUGAAAAAAAAUUGUCAGCACAUCAAAAGUUCAAAAAAGCAGCUGGCGUUGCAUCGAAGCUUGCAAGUAUGGCAUCAGAAUGCUCCACGGAAAUGUUCAAGGAGAGGCUGGCUCUCCUAGAGACAAUUCUCGACCAUUGGAGAAAUGGCUCUAAAGUUCAUGUUACUGCACAUGAGCCUGCACAUCACUUGACAGCUGCAGUUGCAGCUGAAAGUGCAAACUCGGAAGGUUUUCCGGGGUCUGUUGUGGAUGUACAGAGCAAUGCUGAUCAGAAUUUACUGUGCAGAGCCUCGGAAGAGGCGAAACAUCACCAGGAGCUCUCGGAAGCAAGCACUAAAGUCAGCGAGCAUUCAAGCAGCCAACACUGCAAUAGACAAGAUGAAGCCAGCACAGAUGAGAAUUCUUUGUCGCAGCCUUCUGACCUUCAAAAUAUCAAAGUGCCAGUUGCUAUGAGAAAAUGUGGUCGUCCUAAAGGUCAUGUGCUAACAGUUAUUGGCCUUCCAAAAAAACGCAAGAGAACGGCAAGUCUGGGACCAUUCUCUGAGCUUACAAUGAGAGAGAAAAAGCUAGCCAUGCUCAGUUGGCUGGUGGGGAAGCGGCAAGCAUCAGAUGCUAUCAAAGGCAAACUACUUGACGAAGAAUCUGUGGAAGCAAGGCCUGAAGACAUACACGACGGCAUUCGAGAUGAAAUGGUUGACAUUAACCUAGUACGGCGUUUUUUCAUAGAUGAUGCUUGGAAAGCUGUGCAAAUGGUCCUUAGUGUAAAAAAGGACGAGGAGUGGAAGUGCACAAAAUGCAAAACAAAACUAGAUGACCAUGAUGCAGUAUCGUGUGACUGGUGCUUAUUAUGGUACCACCUUCCAUGUGUUGGUGUAAAACAGAAACCCAAGACAAAACUGUGGAAAUGUGGCUCGUGUACAACCACUGCUACAGCGCAGUAGCAUGUUGCCUUUGUGAAAAAAGCAGCACCUCCAUAUACAGGGUGUCGCACAUAACUUGAGCCAAGAAUUCGAAAGUGAAAGGCACUUAGGAGGCGAAUUGAACCUAACGCAUACUACUCGCACUAGCCUGUAGAUAUUCACAAGCUAGUGAGUACCUACAGGCUAGACCCCCUGAUUAAAAAAAGCCCGUGAAAUGUGAAAAGGAGCCGUGUGACGGACUGCGAGCGCACUGCUAUAGUGCUGCUAUAGGCUUUCUUUACAACAUGGAAAAAAUAACAGCACUAGAUGUUUCGUACAGGAAACAAUUUAAACGGUAGUUUCUGAAACAUGUCAGUGUUCAUAUUUUGGGUUUCCAGCCCAUAAAUAUUAAAAUAAAUAAUUAAGAAUGAUUAGUUAAUUAGUAUGGGGAGAAAAACUAGCCAGCCAGAGUCUCUAUAGGCUAGUGCGAGUAGUACGCGUUUGGUUCAAUUCACCACUGAAGUCUCUCUCAUUUUCAAAUUAUUGGCUCAAGUUAUGUGGGACACCCUGUAUAGUAUAAUAGAAUUACGGCAUUGUGCAAUAAAAUAUUUUUCUACACUU